AUGGAUCCCGCCGCAGAUGCGAGCGCGGCCUCGCCCGCGGCUCCUCACCAGCCGCCCUACAACUACACCGCGAGCCAGGGCUACGAGCAGACCAGCGACAUCCCCGCCGAGCUGCGCAUGCCACGCGGGGCUCCGGCCGACGACGAUGCGGCCGACGACGACUUUGACGACAUCUUUGACGACGAUGCCGACCUCGACGACGAGGAGUGGGCCGCCGACGCCGGCGAUCUCACCAAGUCAUACAACCGCCAGCGCCAGCUGCACGGCGACAGCGACGGCGUGGCCCUGCUGCCGCGCUCCAACCAGCAGAAGCCCACGGCCAACACCUUCGCCAGCGUCGACGACCAGAUCUCGGCCCUCUCCAAGCACGCGGCCAAGAUCCGCCUCGACUCGGUCAAGCAGGACAGCGACAAGGACAAGGACAAGGGCGACCGCGCCACCAGCGACCAGGUGCUGGACCAGCGCACGCGCAUGAUCCUGCUGCAGAUGAUCAACCGCGGCUUCGUCAGCGAGGUCCACGGCGCCAUCAGCACCGGCAAGGAGGCCAACGUCUACGGCGCCGUGCUGCACGACGACCGCUCCGGCGAGACGACCCACCGCGCCAUCAAGGUCUACAAGACGGCCAUCCUGAGCUUCAAGGACCGCGAGCGCUACAUCACCGGCGAGCACCGCUUCAAGGGCGGCUUCGACAAGGGCAACAACCGCAAGAUGGUCAAGCUGUGGGCCGAGAAGGAGUUCCGCAACUUGCGCCGAAUCCACAGCGCCGGCAUCCUGUGCCCGGAGCCCAUCAGCCUCAAGCUGCACGUCCUGGUCAUGGGCUUCCUCGGCGACCGCAAGGGCUGGGCCUACCCCCGUCUGCGCGACGCCACGCUGUCCGGAGACGAUGUCGACCAGCAGUGGCACAAGCUCUACGUCCAACUGCUGGGUCUCAUGCGCCGCAUCUACCAGGUCUGCCGCCUCGUGCACGCUGAUUUGAGCGAGUACAACAUCCUCUACCACGACGGAAAGCUCUACAUCAUCGAUGUCUCCCAAAGUGUCGAGCCCGACCACCCCAGGUCGCUCGAGUUCCUGCGAAUGGAUAUCAAGAACGUCGGAGACUUUUUCCGAAGAAAGGGCGUCGACACCCUUGCCGACCGGGCAAUCUUCAACUUCAUCACCGCUCCCGACGGAGCCGUCGAGGAGCCCGAGAUGACCAAGGCCAUCGAGGUCCUCUACGAGACCCGCACGCCCGGAGCCGACGAAGACCAGGACCAGCUCGAGGUCGACAACGAGGUGUUCCGGAACCAGUACAUUCCUCAGACCCUCGAGCAGGUGUACGACAUCGAGAAGGAUGCCCAAAAGGUCGGCAAGGGCGAGGGCAACGACCUCGUCUACAGCAACUUGCUGGCCGACCAGGUAGUUAAGCCGAACGAUGCCGAGAAGAAGGAAGGCGAAGAGGAGAGCGCGUCAAACGACGAGGAUGGCUCAGGUGCUUCGCUCGACAGCGACGACUCCGACUACGACGAGAGCCGGUUUGAGAAGGGCACUCCCCGUGGACGCCGCUUCGAGGAUAAGGACGAGAAGAAGCAACACAAGCAAGCCGUCAAGGAGGCGAAGCGGGAGAAGCGCAAGGAAAAGAUGCCCAAGCACCUGAAGAAGAAGAUUGUGUCUAGCACAUCGCGCAAGAAGAAGUAG